UGGAAUUUUCACGGUGAAACUCAUCGAGAUCUCACUCGGAGAUCAGGUUUCACGAAUAAGUCUUCUAUUGACCUUGUUGCGCCCGCCCUCGCGUCAUGCUCGGUAGACCAUCGAUAAUUUUCCGGCCCGCUGCGCAGCUUGUACGGUGUCUGUGCACUCCGGUAGCUCUAGAGUCGCUGAAAGCUAAGUCCGCGCACGACAGGAAGAACACGUUUUCCGAUUGGAAGAAGGUACGGACCGUCGGGGGAAAUGGUGGAAGAGGUUGCAUAUCUUUCAUGCACCUGUUCAGCAAUCCAGACGCCGGUCCCGAUGGCGGCGAUGGUGGUAACGGCGGCCAUGUGCUGCUUCAAGCCGAACCUACGGUGAAUUCACUGGGAAACGUUCCAUCCACACGAAUAUCGGCCUGGGACGGUCAACCGGGACUCGGAAAAAACUGCCACGGAGCCAAGGGCGAACACGUCAUCGUCCCUGUACCUGUCGGUACGAUUGUCAGAAAAGAAGAUGGUACGUUUCUGGCAGAUUUGAGUGUGCCGGGCAUGAUGUUCCUGGCCUCGAGAGGAGGUGCGGGUGGUCGCGGAAACAAUUAUUACUUGAGCAACGAGAACCGGCAUCCGCAGAUAUGUCAAAUCGGUGCUCCGGGAGAAGUGAGAACAUAUACGCUGGAAAUGAAAACCAUGGCUCAUGCCGGGAUGGUGGGAUUCCCAAAUGCCGGAAAGAGCACACUCCUACAGGCAAUUUCCAGAGCGAAACCGAAAGUUGCCGCUUACCCGUUCACAACAUUGCGACCUCAUGUAGGAAUCAUUGAAUACGACGAUUAUGAGCAAGUUGCCGUAGCCGAUCUUCCGGGUAUUAUCAAGGGUGCACACGAGAACCGCGGUCUCGGUAUCGACUUCCUGAGACACGCAGAACGCUGCGGGUGCCUCUUGUACGUUGUCGAUGUCGGCGCAGACGACUACGAGGAGCAACUGAAGGUCCUCCAGGACGAACUGGAGUGCUAUCGGAAGGGAUUUUGCGAGAGAAUCUCGAUAAUCGUUGCGAACAAAAUCGAUCUGCUGGAGGAGGCCGAGCUGAACGAGCGAGUUCGGCGGCUGGCGUCGCAAUGGGACAUGCCAGUUGUUCCGAUAAGUGCAAAGUUCGGAACCAAUGUUACAGCUCUACUAAAGUAUCUGCGGAGAUCUUACGACGAAGUCAGAGCGAGACUACCUGCGCCCGUGUCCGAUGUGAUAGUGGGUGAAUGAUUCCGAGCCAUAGGACUAGGAUUAUUGUGUACAUAAGUGUUCGAUUGAGAGUUCGAGAAACCCAAUAAAGCUCACAUUCAUGGACAAU